GCAAGCAGAGCUGCUGUGUAGCUUAUACAACUGUCCGUUCACUAACCGCAUGUUUUACCAAGGCCUGCUGCUUGAUUAUUUUUUGGCCGUGUGUUGUUUUUUCUCGAUGUUUGCUCGAGCAGGAUGUCUCUCUAGAGCGGCUUGGACCGGCUGCAGAAGAAUGGGGAAUUUUACAUCCUCCACUGCCGGGGGUCUGGCCAGCACCACCUGUGCACAGUAUGUUCAAGAUAUGGUGUCACAAAACUGUGUAGUGAUAUUUUCCAAGACGACCUGUCCGUAUUGCAAAAUGGCCAAAAACGUGUUCAACGAAAUUGGUGCGACCUACAAAGUGAUUGAACUGGACGAGCACAAUGACGGGAGGAGACUGCAAGAGGCCUUAGCUCAGAUAACCGGUGCCAGAACGGUACCGAGAGUCUUCAUCAAUGGAAACUGCAUCGGAGGCGGCUCUGAUACCAAACAGCUCCAUCAGCAGGGCAAGUUGCUGCCCCUGAUUGAACAGUGUGCUCCCUGCUGCGCUGGCUCGGGCAGCGGACAGUUUGAGUCUGCUAAAUGACUAACCGUUCUUUUAGUGUUUUUAAAUCCUGUGUUCAUUAAAUGUUUGUUUGAUCUCGUUGUACACUGCUUGAGGAUGACAAUGCCAUCUAUUUAUCAAAGUGCAUCGGACACUUGAUAUUAGACUGCAUAGAUUUUCAUCCAGGGAUGUACAGUAUCAUUAUUAUUAUUAUUAUUAUUAGUAAAGCUGCCAUCUUUUAAACAACACUUGUGAAUAGUGGAACUACUUUUCAUACUUUUUUUGUGGCUGUUUGCUGUAUUGAACAUUAUCACAGUCAAAAAUAGCAUGGUCAGUCAAAGCAUCAAGCUUUAACAAACAGCAGACAAUCACUUGAUCCAGUUGUCGUUGGAUCCUGAAAUAUUGCCAUUUUUAUUCUAUACAUAUCUUUGUUGCAUGGAGUUAAUUCGAGAUAAUUCUCCAUAUCUUGUAAUGAGUGAAACCACGUUUUGUAUGAUUAGCACGUUACGUUGUGCUCAGUAUUUAGAUAUGUCAUUGAGAAACGUUAGUCAUUUGCAUAGAGCGAUGUGAAAUCAGAGCCAUUUUGUUUUUUUUUGUUUAAUUGCUUGUAUCAGCAUUUUCUAUUUCAAUGUGUCAAUUUCAGUUGUAGCUGUGCUUGUUUCUUUAUUAGGGAACUGGUUGGUUCACUAAACAAAAAGCCAAUAUGAAUAUUUAUGGUGUUUACAUAUAGACCAUGGCCACUCUUAAACGUUUUCUUAAUACCUCAAAUGUAAAUUUAUGAUUAUAAAUAAAUAUGAAUGAACCUCUA